AUGAUACUUGGUGACGAACGCGCCAGAAUCCUCGACGAUGACACCGCCGUCGCGUUGUAUCCCAACAUUGGAGACGCUGACUUCAAGGGCGAUGAGACCGUUGAUCUAAUGAGACAUGUCCUUGGAGAGCUGGUUCAAGGAACUCUGGCUGAGAACACCAUAGUUCCCCAACGCAAUGCUGUAGCCCGGCCCAAAGGUCUGGAUGCAAGUUCUGCAAGUGUGAUGGGGAUCGCCUGGCUGCCUGCCUACCGAAUGAUGUUCACCAAGGCAAACUUGCGAGCUGAUCAGACUGUUCUGGUGCAAGGCUCUUCGGGAGGUAGAUCAACGCUGCAAGGCUGUCGAGUCAUGCAUGUUAUUCGAGAAUUGACUGGCUGA